AUGCUUAUUAAAGAAUAUCGAGUUACUCUUCCUCUAACAGUUGAAGAGUACCAAGUGGCCCAGUUAUAUUGCGUGGCUGAGGUGUCCAAAAAUGAAACGGGAGGCGGAGAGGGGAUCGAAGUCGUCAAAAAUGAACCCUUCAAAGACUACCCAUUGCUUGGUGGUAAAUAUUCAUCAGGGCAGUAUACAUACAAAAUAUAUCACUUGGCGUCGAAGGUGCCCGCCUUCAUCAGACUGCUAGCACCAAAGGGCUCCCUAGAGGUCCAUGAAGAGGCGUGGAACGCAUACCCUUACUGCCGGACUGUACUUACGAAUCCUGGCUACAUGAAAGAGAACUUCGUUAUUUGCAUAGAGUCUCUACAUUUACCUGACGGCGGCGAUCAGAACAAUGUACAUGAACUGUCACCGGAAAAGCUAAAAACCCGUGAGGUAGUCCACAUCGACAUUGCAAACGACCCGCUGCCAUCUGCGGAUUACAAACCCGAGACUGACCCGACCAAGUUCAAGUCAACUAAGACCGGCCGCGGCCCGCUAGUCGGUCCAAACUGGAAGAAUGAUAUUAAACCGAUGAUGACCUGCUACAAGCUCGUUACCGCCGAGUUCAAGUGGUUUGGCCUUCAGAGUAAAGUUGAAAAUGUGAUCCAGAAGUCAGAACGACGACUUUUCACUAUAUUCCAUAGACAAGUAUUCUGUUCCAUGGACGACUGGUACGGCAUGACAAUGGCGGACAUCCGUGCCAUCGAGGAACGCACUAAGGAGGAAUUGGAAAAACUACGGCGCGAAGGGGAAGUGCGCGGAAUGCGUGCUGAUAACGAGUAA